AUGGAAGAAACAAAGACACGUCAAGUCGCGGAGCAUGGCGCGGAUCGCAGAACGAGGGAACUAUAUCGCUACUAUCAGCCCGGGGGCCCAACACACACACUCCCCGCCUGGCUCUCUUCCACGGGAGAGAGUCGAUCAUCUGGAUCGACGGGCAGCUCAAACACCCCUGUUCGUGAUAGUUCGGUAGCAGGUUCCAAUAGUAGUGCGACCUCAACUCCAUCCACUGCAAUCGGACCGGAGGCGUUGGUCCUAGGAUUAUCCAACAACACUUUGACCUCGUUUGCACAGCUUGCAGCACUACGCUUGAAUGUGGAACGAGCUCUCAUAUGUGUUCUCGACCGAGAUAUGCAGUACAUUCUUUCCGAGGCCACCAAGUCAGUUAGUCUGAAUGACCACUCGGUCCACAACGAUAAAGAUGCGAUUUGGUCUGGAAACACCAACGGCGAGAAGGCGUGGAGCUUGUGUAAAGACACUGUUGCCCUCUCAUCUUCCAAUCGCGAAACCGCCGACUAUCCCCACCUCGUCGUCAAUGACCUAUCCAAGAAUGAACGUUAUAGCAACCUUCCUUUCGUUCAAAACGAUCCUCAAUUUCGAUUCUACGCCGGAACCCCCUUGACUACCCAUAAUGGUAUAAAUCUGGGAUGCUUCUUUGUGUUGGACAAGGAACCUCGUGAUGGAUUGGCUGCAUCGGAAAAGGACACACUUGGGUCGCUGGCCAUGCUUGUUGUCGAUUAUCUCAAAGUCUGCCGUCAGGCUUCGGAAGGUCGUCGAGCUGCACGAAUCUCUCGUGGACUGAGCUACUUCGUCGACGGGAGCUCCAGCUUCGUAGAAAGUGUUGACCCCUCGCGGGCCGAAAGCUGUCCCUCUCAAUCUCACUUUUGGCGAUUCCCGUGGAGCAGCCUAGGCAACUCCCUCCAAUCCGACCAAUCGUCCCAGAAUGAGCGAGCAUAUCAAGAAUCAUCAGGCCAAUCAAACAGCCCGCCCAACGAUCGGAGCAGCCUUGGCAACUCCGUCCAAUUCGACCAGUCGUCCCAGAACGAGAGAGCAUCUCGAGCAUCAGGCCAAUCAAACAGUCCGCCCAACGAUCGAUCUCUGAGCAAUGAUGCGCAAUCUGUUAGCUCUCGGGGCUCUAAAUUAGACACUGGGACCUCUGGUGGGGCGAGCUCUCUGCCCGAGUGGAUCACCAGCAGCAGCAGAAACCAGCUUCCCCCGACGACUCUCAUGGCAAUUCCUGGUGUUUUCGCCGGGCAGCGAAUUUGCUCCGUGAAAGCCUGGAUUUGA